AAACAUUACGGCGGUGGACGUGCGAAAGUGAUGUUGUGAUGUGAAGUUAUAUGCCGAAUUUUCAUAACUGCGUCGAAAUUUCCAACUGAAUUAUUUCUUGAGCUUGUUAACGCGAGUGGACUCCUAAUAGAGUUAAAACUAAGUUGUCUAAGUUCAAGAAGCGUAUUGAGAUAAUUUAGGAUACGUGCGGUGCGUGGUGCGUUGCUAUAAGUGGUGGUGCAUUUUGUUUAUUUAUAGACUGUCGCAAUUUGCAGACAUGUAAUUAUUUUGGUGGCGCUAAAAUGUCUCAAAGGGAUACAGCAAUACAUCUUCUGGCCGGAGGAGUGGCUGGAACAGCGGGAGCCGUGGUGACAUGUCCACUUGAGGUGGUCAAGACUAGGCUACAGUCGUCCAAAGGUGUUGGGGUGCCGCCGACGCAGCCCCCGCCCUCCGACAGCAAUGCGGCAAAGGCGAAGAGAGGCUGCUCUAAGAUUCCUAAGCAUCAGGAGGCUAAAUGGGGCUACCGACGUACGAUGGGCGCCAUGUUCGCGUACAGCCAGCAGCCCGAUCGCAUGCUGAUGUCGUACAAUUGCCAGGUGCAGCCGUGCGCGCGCGCCGGCAACGCCCGACCUGUUUCCAGGAUGAGCCUUAUACAGUGCAUCAGACACAUUGUCCAAACUGAGGGCACAAAGGCGUUGUUCAAGGGCUUAGGGCCGAACAUUGUGGGCGUGGCGCCGUCCAGGGCUAUAUACUUCUGCACAUAUUCUCAAGCCAAGGCUAUAUUGAACCAGAACAUAGCCCCCGACACACCCAUAGUGCAUCUAUCGGCCGCUAGCGCUGCAGGUUUCGUGUCUUGCACAAUGACCAAUCCGAUAUGGUUCGUAAAAACGAGGCUACAACUGGACGGAGAAAACGUGACUGCCGUACAAUGUAUAAAAAGGAUAUAUGCUAAAUCGGGUAUAAAAGGCUUCUACAAAGGCAUAACGGCAUCCUAUAUGGGCAUAAGCGAAACCGUAGUCCACUUCGUUUUAUAUGAGGGUGUGAAGGCGCGGUUAAUGGCGGCCCGGGCGCAAGACGGCGUGCCGAGCGACGCUCGGACGCCGCGAGACUUCUUAGAGUUCAUGGCGGCGGGCGCCUUCUCCAAGACGGUCGCUUCUUGCAUCGCGUAUCCACAUGAGGUGGCGCGGACACGGCUGCGGGAGGAAGGGGACAAGUACCGCAAGUUCUGGCAAACGCUGCACACUGUGUGGAUGGAGGAGGGCUAUCGUGGCGUCUAUAGGGGCCUCGGCACACAGCUCGUCCGCCAGAUCCCCAACACAGCGAUCAUGAUGUCCACAUACGAAGCCGUGGUGUACCUGCUCACGACUCACUUCAACAGUUCCUUCUACGAGAACACUUAGCUGAACCCGUCCGAGAUUACGUGUCGACAUUAGUCUAGGUUGCUCAGGACUUAACCAUGGAAUCAUAAGCUGGAUUUUUAGUAAAAAUGUCGGUGUACCAAAAACAUGGCUAGCACUGGUUAAAUUGAUUGGUGUAAGUUACAUUAACGCACUAUUACUAUUACCCAUUUACUUUUAAAUUAUUAGAAAUAAUUGGGUAGUGUUUCUUGCUCAUAAUAGUUAGGGUCGGUUGCACCAAAAUGUUCGUAUCGUUAGAGUUCGCUAAAUUUUUAUGUAUGGAAAGUUUCAUAGUAAAGCGCCGGGGCGCGCCGGCUGACGUUGAUCAGUCUGUCAAAAGUGGUUGGUGCAACUGGCCCUUAGUGUGGUUAUUGGCUACCCUAGUGCCGCCCAAUGUAUAUUAGGAUGUACACUCAGAUUCGAUGGAAUGUCAACGUUAGUUAAAAACAAAGUAGGUAGCAUUUCAUUUGUCUCGUAAAGUUUUAGACCAAGUGAAAUUCAAUCUAAUUGAAAAUACAACAAGAUUCUAACUUCCUUGCAGUGGCGGCGCGUCCAUAAAAGCCGAUUCCCACCGGCUUGCCUGUUUUUGGAAGUUUGAGCAGAGUUGUAAAGGAAAUAUGUAAGCCAAAUUAGCCCCGGCUUGCCUAGGGAUAUGUUUGACGCGCCGCCACUGCUUCCUUGGCUAUAAUUUUGUAUGGUGGGCGGCAUGAGACACGAGUGUAAUAAAAUUCUACAUUAUUACUAAGUCUUAACAAAAACCUGGCGUUUAGUACUGUUAUAGACAGAAGAUCAUGCCCUACAUUUCUGGUUAAAUGUAGGAAUUUUAUAAAACAUCAGAAUGUUCUAAUGAUUCCUGUGUAGACCUAAGUGCACCUGAUGAAUAGAAACGCAUCUUAUUCCUUAUAGAACAUUUAUAAGGUUUAGAAGUAUUAGUAACCGGAGCUACGUAAUUAGGAAUCUUAAAUAAUUUGUGUAUAUUAGCAGCUUCACAGCUUGCCCUUGAUACCAUAAUUAAAUGAUUCGGAAACUGGAACUUAAACAUGUAAAUAUAUUGAUAAUAUUUAACUGGUUCCGAUUGUCAUGUAACAUAAGCUACGGAACUGAUAAAUUAUUGAAUGGUUGUGUUACAAAGAGAAGGUAUAACAAUGGUUAAUUGGUAUUAUGGCAUAAAAAAAUUGCUAGUGCAACUUUAAAAUGUAGGUAUAUAUAUAUAUCCAUUAUGCAACAGAGAGUGAACACAACAUUCAAAGGGAAGACAUUUUCCUCGAUUAUGUUUCCAAAAGAAUAAUUAUAGUCAGUAGUCUAGUCUUGUGCUUUUUUGCUGUGCCUUGAUUUAGCCAAAUUUGAUAUAAAUAUUAAUUUAGUAUGUAGUUCGUAAAACACCGUUUUUGUGCCAAAACAGGUUCAUUCCGUGUGUCAAACCACUUGUGGUUGCUUUUUAUGUUGUGUAUUUUUAUAUAAAAAAUAACUACAAAAAAUGCUUCUUUGGAAUCUUUAAUGCCUGUUUUUAUACAUUUUAGUUAUGUAUAUGAAACAUCAUCCCAGUAAAAAAAAACAUUAAAGCUUCUUAAUUCAGUACAUAGAUUCAGAUAGAGAUGUAUGUCAAUUAGUCAUUUUUAAACAUACAUCAAUACAAAGCUGUGUAUGUUAUUCAUAGAUACUUUUGCCAUAUAUUGUUUUUUUUAUAGUAAUGUGUCAAGGUUUAACUACAAUCUGAUAUUUUAUAAUGAGUGUCAAAAAAAAUUCAUAACAAUCAAGGCCAUUACUUGUACAAGAAAAUAUAAUUCUUCAUGUGUACUUAUCAAAAUUAUGUUCUGCAGCUCUUUAGGGCAAAUAUAUUAAGUUGUAAGCUGUGAUAUAGAGCUUGUAAAUAUUAAUGCACAAGAUUGUAGAUUCUAUAUUCUCAAAGGCACUGGUCCCACCGCGAGCUAGUAAGCUAUGAGCUAUCGGCUAUAAACACGAACAAAAGAUAAGCACUCCCGUGUAAAUAAAAGAG